UAUCCGUUAGGCCUGGCUCCUAUAUCUUCACCAUAUUCCCCGUCUUUACACAUGGAGAACUAAAUUAUUUAUUCCCCUAGAAAGCCAAAUCUACGAGCCCAUCUCUCAAAGCUUGAAAAAUCUUUGCAAAUCCAGCAAAAUUUCAUCCUUCCUCAAAUGGGUAUCCACUUGAACACUAUUCCUCAAACCACAAUCACUCGAUCCCACUACUACACCCACAAGAUUUUCCUCUUCUGCAACUACAUCCUUCUUGGUGCAGCCUCUAGUUGCAUUUUCCUCACACUUUCUCUUCGCUUAUUGCCUUCCGUCUUCGGCUUCUUCUUGAUUCUCCUUCACGUUUUGACCGUUGCAGGGGCAGUGUCGGGCUGCGCCGCCGCCUCUUCAGGGACUAACAGAUGGUAUGCAGCGCACAUGGCGGCCACAGUGUUAACAGCGAUAUUUCAAGGAUCAGUGUCAGUGUUGAUCUUCACGAGGACAAGUGAUUUUCUGGGUAAUUUGAAGUCUUAUGUGAGGGAAGAAGAUGGGGCGGUGAUCUUGAAGCUGGCUGGUGGGCUGUGUGUGGUGAUCUUUUGCUUGGAGUGGGUGGUUAUGAUACUUGCUUUCUUCUUGAAGUACUAUGCAUAUGUGGAAGGUGAUGUUAAUGGGAAUACCACUGCUAUGAAGAGGACUGCAAAAGUGCAACAGGGACAGGAUGAGGAUUUGAAGGACUGGCCAUGGCCUUUCCAAGUCUAAAAUUACAGUACUAGUUAUUUAUAUUGACGACAUGAGAUGACGGCAUGGUUAGUGCCUUUGCUGAAAGUAGUUUUACUUUUUCAUUCGAUUACUUAAUUGGUUCAUUUUAUGUGAGGUUUCUAUUUCUUUUUCUUUUUGGUGAGUGAUUCUUAUAUUUUGUAAUGAGGUUGCUGAUGAUAUUGAUACCUUGUGUAAUUCCUCGAUCAAAAAAUUAAACGGAGCCUUAUUUAUUUCAGCUGUUAUCUUACCUCAACCACUUGACCAUAUCAUGUGUCAUUU